AUGUCUUGUACUGAUACAGUGAACUAUAUGCUACAGCAUCCUACGGGUAUAGAUAAAAUCGCUGCGUUAAUAGUAAACGUUGCUCGUUUAAAUCCCCUUGCUGGUAAGGCAAACAGCGAACUGGUUUCCAUGUUGAACGAGUUCCGGUGUAUUUUACGUCUACCUGGAUUGUACAAGCUUCUCGUAAACUUUGACCGUAGGGAUUCGCUAGAAUCCCAUUUGAGCACCGCGAUCAAUGUGUGCUAUUAUCUCACAGAGGGGCUUGCAUUUUUGGGAAACAAGCAAAUUAUUUCUAUGUCCAAAUCGAGGGAAGAUCAAUUAUCGCUUAUCUCUUGCCGCUGCUGGCUACUCGAUACCCUGCUAACUAUUUAUCAAUUAUUCAAAAAGGUACGCAGUACUCACGAUAAACAAGAUCAAUGGGACUUAGCUGCGAAUGCUCUUAGCCUUCCCUUGUGCAUUCACUGGUCUAUAGGCAGUGGGCUUGGACUUAGCAAACAGCAAAUAGGUGCCUUGGGACUUUUUAGUACUGUAGUUCAAGUACGAAAAUUACUUCGAGCUUUGCAUGAAAAGAAACAAUAA